CACAUGUGCCUUUCGCAAAUUUUCCGGCAAGCAAAAAACUGCACAGUCAGCACCGCAGCUGAAAACAAAAAAACGGAACAACCACACCAAGACAGACACACACACACGAUGGCUGCGGAUGGUGUUGUGGAGGUGCUGCAAGCGGCUGUGAGCGACACAUGGCUGUGGGCAGGCUCCAUGUCCACGAUCGUGCAGGACGUUCCCGCGGAGGCGUGCCGGUACUACGAGGAUGCCGUCGGGGAGGGUGCGUGCGGUGACUUGACACACGCCGUGCACACGACACAGCAUGCGCUUAUGGCAUGGGUCCGUGUUCUGGUGACACUGGCGUGGGCGCUGGCGCUGUUCCUGUACGAGAACCCGCUGGUGCUGGCCGCGCUUGCCGGCCUUGUGCUCCUGUACAUUGCCACGCGCCUCAUGGUGCGGGCCACGCGCCGGCUGAUGGCGCUGGUGCGGCGAUACGUUCGAUUGGCCAUGGGGCGUGCCGAGCGUGCCGCGGCGGCGUAUCGGCGGUUCCUGGAUCGCGUGCGCCGGCAGUCGCGCGUGGUGGCUGCGCUGCUGCCGCCCAUUUCCUUCUUUGUUGUUUGGGGCUAUGCUCUCACCUUUGACACGGUGCUGCGGUUCAUGGACUGGCCCUUUGCAGCAGACGUGCUUGCACGCGUCUGGCCCACCUGCAUGUCCAUCGCCGCCAUCGUGCAGAUUGAGGACAUUGUUCCUGCUCCGACCCAGCUCGACAGCUCUGCAGCCAAGGGCGCUCUUGCCGCUGCUGCACCGCCGCCGGCAACGCCGCCGCCGUCUGCCCGCCAUCAACAGGUGCACCAGCAACCUGACGCUGCGAACCGGGGUCGCCGCAGCAUGCUCGCUUCGCUCUUCAGCCGCAGUGGCACCACUGACACCGACGCAGACAACACGCAUCACGCCAGCAACGGCAACGACAACGGCAACGGCGCAGUGUUCCAAUCGCCCCACUCGCGGCGCCUGCGCAUUCCGACACCUUCACACGGUCGCAUCUCAACACGCAACCACAGCCACAGUCCCACCACCACCAGCAGCAGCGGUGGGUCCUCUGGGGUCAGACGCCGUGUGGCCACUCACCAUCGCAGCCAUAACGAUGGUCACACCACCUCACACACAACAGCGGCAGCAGAGGCUGGGCGUGUGGAUGUGGUUGUGCGGUGGCUGGAGUACUGGGUGUGCUUUGGUGUGCUCACCACGUGCUCGCGCGUGCCCGUGCUGUCGUCGACGGCGUACGCGCUGCUGCCCUAUGCGCACGUGGCACACAUGACGCUGCUGCUGUGGCUGGUUGCCCCGUUGAUUGGCGGCACGCGCAUUGUGUUUUCGCUGCUGCGCAAUCACGUGUUUACGACGGCUGUGGCAUCGCCGGCCUCCCGUCGCUUUCAGCACGUGCUCGCUGCAUACGUCACGCCGCUGUGGGCCGUGGCCAAGAUGGUGGUGCCCACGCGCGUGCAGCGUGUGCUGAUGGCACUGAGCGCCCUGUUCACGGACACGUCCGUGUUUCUGAUUGCGCUGCCAGCGGUGUUCUCGCCACGCUUCCUAACGCGCUUUGCGGCAGUGCUUGUGGCCUACAUGUACCCGGCGUACAAGACCACGUGCGCCCUCUCACACGCAGACCUCGCCCUUGACGCCGCACGUGCCGUUGAUGCUGCUGAUGCUGCUGAUGCUGAUGGUCGUACCGUUGGUGGUGACAGCGACGACGAUGGUCACGUGCAUAGUCGUCGCCGCGAUCGUCAGGAUGGACGCGGCAGUGACAUCACCACCGCCACCACCACCGCGCGCCACGACCGUGUUGUCGGGGCGACAAACGUCUUGCUGGGCUGGCUCAAGUACUGGGUGGUUCUGGUGGUGUUUGAGGUGGUGUGGGCAGGGCUGACGCGCGUGACGCACGACAGCGUGCCGUUGUGGUGGGACCUCCACAUUGGCGUGGUGAUGCUGCUGCAGCUGCCUGCGCUUGGUGCCGCCGCCUUUCUCUUUGAUGACUUUCGCGUGUCACCGACGCACGCGCUGCGACGUUUGGGCAACAUUGCCGCGUCGCUCCUGUCGCCCUGGUCAUUGCGCGCAUCAGUCGGUGGUGACGUGGGUGCGGCACAUGCGUUGAACGAUGACGUUGACGAUGACGAUGACGAACAUGAUGACGAUGAGACGGCGAUUGUUGACGAGGCUGCUGCCGGUGUUGGUUAUGCACGUGGCAGUCGCGGUGUGGAGACGCACGACAAGAACGCUUGAUGUGCGAUCAUAUUUGUGUGCGUGUUUGUGUGUGAGAGAGAGAGAGAAAGAGAGUGUGGUGAGUGUGUGUGUUUGUGCGAGUGAGUGUUAUGUUACUUUGUGCAUAAUCGAUUGUUAAACAUAACCGCCG